AUGUUUGACAACGAGCCGCCGUACAAGCGCAAGGCGUUUGGCUCGCUCAACGGCCCGCGGCUCAAGAGUGCGCAGGUGCGGCAGAUCAAGCCUUCCGACAGUCUGCUGAGGGCCUCGCCUACCAAGAUCACCAUUCCCAGACAAAUAGAGGUGGACACCAGGGAACGGGGUAGAGGUUCGCAACGCCAGCAGGGCGCCAAGUUCAAUCUCCGCCGCGUGCGGUUGUUUACCACCGCGUCCGCAACCCCAAACACCGUCUCGGACCAGAUCUGUCUCAACUCCCAGAGCAAACGGCUCACCAUCUACAGUCUGCAGGCAAACGACGAGGUGUACUUUGCCAUCAAUUACCCGCAGAUCAAGAGUGUUGAUUUCUGCUCGAACCCAGAAAGCAGCUUCCAUUUCGUGAUCAACCUCGAGCACAGCAUCAACGGCACGUAUCGCAACAGGAACAUCCACAUCACCAGGGUCUGGGUGUUUGUGAGUCUGAGCGACGAGUCCGGCUACGAACAGCUGGUCAGAGACCUUGGCGAAGGGGUCACGUGCAACAAGCUUACCGCAGCAGAGAUGAAUAACGCUUACAUGAAGAAAGAGGAGCCCGUGGCGACCGUCAAGAGCCCGACCAGGAUCGAGCCGAUCGCGCCCAGCACGUUCUACGGGAAAAGCCCGGCCAAGCUGACCCCCUUCAGCUCCGACCUCGACUCGAGCAACAUCCUGGACGCCCCGCGCGCGCGCCAGACCCGAAACGCGGCCCAGGUGCAGAUUGAUGAAGAACUCGACACCCUCGCAGAGUUCCAGGACGAAAACAUCGACCGCGACGACCAGAUCGUGUUCGACCCGCCGCUCAAGUACCGGUUUGCGUCGCGCAAGUCCAUGAUCGUCUCCAACAAGGACUUCAACUCGUUGUACAACGGCAACUGGGUCAACGACUCGAUCGUCGAUUUCUUCAUGCAGUACAAUUUGCAACGUGCCAGGAAAGCCGGCACUCUGGGUGCAUCGCGUAUCGAACUGUUCAACUCGUUUUUCUACACGAAACUUACCAUGUUCGAGCCCGACACAGACUACUACGCCAACGUGCGGUCGUGGUUCAAGUCCAACGACACGCUAUUUGACAACGACUUCGUGGUGAUCCCGAUCAUGAAGGACCUGCACUGGUUCUUCGUGCUGAUCACCAACCUGCCACGACUACGCCACUUUGGCAGCACCGACACAGAGCCAGAAGUGCUGGACGGACUGCUCACAGUGAAGAAAAAACCAAUAGCCAACAUCUUUGUGCUGGACUCGUUGCAGAAACUGCAGCCCAACAUCGCGUCGCCCAUCAAGAACUUCCUCGUGGCGUACGCAAAGGAUAAGUACAACCUGGACAUUCCCAUCAGCCACAUCCGUCGCCAAACGUGCAACAUCCCGCAGCAAAAGAACUUCAACGACUGUGGACUGCACGUGAUUUACAAUGCAAACAAGUUCUUUGAGAACCCGGACGAGUUCAAGGCCAAGAUCUUGACAGAGUUCCGCCGCAAGCGGUCCAGCAAGUAUUUUGCCAACGCCCUUUUCGAUGACGACGAGCGCAAGGUCAUCCGAAAACGGCUGCGUGACGAGCUGGUGUCGCUGCUACGGGAGCAGGUUGCCAAAGAUGGCGGCGACGUUUCUACAGUCGGUGUAGAGACGUACGGGUCGCGCAAGGCGCGCGGGCUGCGCGAGCCGUCCGAGGAGGCAGAGCUGCCUGGGUCGGACCUCGUUCUCGACGACGAGAUCCAGAUCGUGAACGAGAUCUCGCACGGAGUGCAGUCCAAACAGUUCCGGUCCGAGUCCGAGGAGCUGGAGUCGCAGGAGAGCGACGCGCCGAUCCGGCUGGCGUCUUCGGAGUCGGCCGAGCGUGCGCCGCUUGACGAGAAAGUGUCGCUCGUCUUGGACGAUAACGGGUCGCUCCAAGAGGUUGUUGAGGUUUCCGACCGCAAACGGGCCAGCAACAAGGAGAACUCUGGCCGCCAAAACGUGCCCGUCGAGGUGGUCGACUCAGACACUUUGGAGCCCUCGCGCCGGCGGCAGUCGAUGCGAUCGUUCAUCAAACUUACAUAG